GUGCGUUUAUUCCGUUGCAGAUAGUGAAGAAGCAAGAGUUCAUUUUUUCCUAGAAAUUCUUGAGAAAAAUGAAGAGGCCGAUAUGGAAGAUUCAUGUUUAGCAAGACGCAACAAGAAGUGAGUGUAGUAUACUAUAAAUAAAAGUAACAUCGAGGAAAUAAAACAGCAAGAAGGCAUUUUUCAUGUGGUCAUCAUGUGAUGGCAUUUGUGUACAAAAGCAACAAUAUCAUCUACGAACAUCACCAAGUGUGGCUGUGGGCGCGGGCGACGCGAAUUUUCUGAAGAUCACGACAAUACCUUGGGACAAGAACAUUGUACUGCUGGUGGUGGAGGUGUCCUCUAGUACUCAGCAUGACAGCGGUCGUCCUGCAACUUCUACACGAAGAACCACGACAUAGUAUUCCACCGCUACCAGUGACCGGCCGUGUUUUGGGUAGAAGUCAGUCGCAAGGGGGGCAGCAACUCAUUCCAGCAGAGGAAUCGACGCCGAGGACUUUGUCAUCUUCGAGGACUACACGACCAUAUAGUACUACAGAAGUUCUUGUUCCAGCUCCUGGGCUAGAAGUACUUGCUGCCCCGCACAGUUGUCCGCACCGCGCAGACACUCGCGAAGCGAACAACCCGCGUCAUCAAGGACUAGAAUUGGCAGGGUCGACGUUUGUGUCACCACCAAGAACACCAGCUCGCGCUUUUCAAUCGUCACCUUCAAAGAAUAAACCUAGUACCGCGGAUCAUAAUCAUUUUCACCUUGAAACAUCGACCGGGCAGAAGGAGCCCACAGUCGUUUCUGGAACGAAAACUACUGGUGUACCCGUACCGAAUAAAGAGCAAGAAUUUGUAGUUCCCGCGACCAGCAGCAGCACCAGCAGCGAGAGCAGCAGGAGAGCAUCUUUGCCGGAGCAAAGGAAACUACAGAUCUUCGGUAUGAACAAUAAAAGUAGUGCGCCCCCUGAUGGUCGUGAAACAAAGUCGGGAGUAGAGCACCUUCCAAAGUUGGGCUCCCGAGCCCUUGUUGGUUCCGCUACUGCGAAAAAUGAACCGCAAAAUAACUUUUUGCAAAGCAGGACGGGUCCUCGGGAUCAAGAUCAACCACUCGCUGGUGAGACAUCAAACCCAGCACCAUCAACCUCCUCUUCCUGCCCCCUUUUCGCGCCCUCCAGUAGACUCGGCGACGAGCACUUCGCCAGCUGGGCGGCGAGACCGCCCGCGGGAGCAGCCUUGAGGACUUUUGGCGGAGCUGCAGGAGCAUCGUCGUCGAGUAGUGGAGCCGCGUCUCUUACUACAACGUCUUUCCCCGCCGCCCAUGGUAAAAUCUCUGGGCUUGAAACGACGCCAAAUAUUAUAGAUACACCGGCGUCGAACAAGCAGGAAACAAAAGUGAGAAGUUCGUUUGCACCUGACCAGCAUCUGGACUUCCGGUUUGGGAAGACGGUGGAGGAGUUGCGGGCGAAAAUUUUUGCCGCCUCACAAGUGAUAUCAACUGCAAAAAUGUCUGGGUCUGGAAGAUUGCAACUUGUCAUGCUGUUUUUGGACUCUAGAAAAAUUUGUAUUGCGUGACCAGCAAGAGGGGUGCAGUUUGUGCUACACGGACAGGGCAUUUCUCAUGCGGAAGGUGCAGCAGGAAGGGUUCUAAAAACCUGUGAUGCUAGGUUAUGCAUUACAGGCAUCAAUGGUCAUGAGAAAUAUGCAUGACAAAUCUGGCAUUCUUCCAGACCCAGAUAUUUUUGCAUUUGAUAAGUGACGAACAGUUCCUGCACGACAGUGUCAGCAGAAGAUCAAAACCAGAACCACGACUCAGCUGAGAUCAACAGCCCACAGGACGAGAACAAUAUUAACUACACCAGCAGCAACCUAAAGUCCAUUACUUUCGCCUUCAACACGAGCUUCGACCCCGGCUGGCUCGAUUUGGUCAAAAAUUUUGAGUACAUUGACUUGAACCACCUGCAGAACCAGGACAACGCAGACACUUUCCAAGACUUAGGGCAGGAAAAAGUUGUGUUGUACUUUAGCGUUUUAUAUCUAGUGCGAUUUGAUGUCAUCAGGGUCAUGCAGCUAUCCGGCGCAAAAAUGCAAAAAGUGACCGGAAUUUUUCGUAGCGCUUGUGCUUAGCGCUAGCAUAUGCAAAGGUAUGACGUGACGUUUUGUCUUGCAAGGAUGUUCUUGCGUGCUGCGGGAAAUGAACCGCUAAAAGAGAAAAGCAGUGGUAAAAACUACACUUUUUCUGUUUCAUAACAGCUGAAAGACGAACACUUGCUGCAGGUGUUAGACCAAAACCCCACCCUGAAAGAGUUGCAGCUGUACUGGAAUCCACAGCUGACCGACAAGUCGCUGAGCCAAAUCGCGGUGAAAUGCCGGCAGCUGGAGCGGCUUUCGAUCGCGGGCUGCGUAUUGGCGACGGACGUUACGGCGGUAGAGAUUUCGAAGCAUUUAGGAGGUACUAGCGCCGGUCAGGGAACUACAAGCAGCGCCUCGACCAGGAUGGUACCACCAGCGAAAAUGCCGUCUGUGACGGGUGGCGCAGCUGCUCCUGGUGCUACAAUUGCUAGUACCUCGUCGUCCCCGAUGAGCCAAAACAGCAGUCGUGCAGGAUUAAUACAGCCACAACUCGCAGCACCUCCACAUUUGAGGCACUUGGACCUGACCCGGUGUCCGAAGAUUUCGAGUGCCGGGGUGCGAAAAAUUCUGCGCCGCUGCAAGACGUAUCAAGUGCAAAAAUGUCUGGGUCUGGAAAGUUGUCAUGCUAAAAGUGCUGGAUAAUAGCCGGACUGCAAUUAUACGCAGCCAGGCAUGACAAAUUUUUGAGCUGCUAUGUGUUGCGUAUUCCGCAUGAGAAAUAACAACGUUUUUACGUGACAGAUAGGAGAGCCUUGUUUUCCGAUGCUCCUAUGCAUCACAGAUUCUCGAGUCAUGUCAGACGUGCAUGACAAAUGUAAGAAUCUUCCAGACGGACCCAGACACUUUUGCAUUUGAUAAAACGCUCGAGGUCUUGCGGGUGUACGCGAACGCGCACCUGCUGCCGGACGCUUUUCCGCUGUAUCAAAUACAAAAAUGUCUGGGUCUGGAAGGAUGUACCCUGUGAUGCGCAUUUCGGAACACACAAAAAUCUCUCAUGCAUAGGUAGCAAAAGCUGCUCGCUUUCUGCCACCAAAAUGGGCGAUUUGUCAUGCGGGUUCGGCAUUGCGGAAGCUUCUCGAAACCUGUGAUGCUAGAGCUUCCAUGUCAGACCUUCUGCGUCAUGCAGAAACAGCAUGACUUUUCCAGACCCACACACUUUUACAUUUGAUACGCUGGAAAACGUGCCGAAUUUGGAGCUUUUAGACGUCUGUGGCACGCAGAUCUCAGACGACAAUCUGGCCACCGUGGGGAGGAAGUUGAAGGUAUAGUGCUGAUUUGUAAAAAUAGUCAUGCUCAUGUGUGAUGCCAUGUUCUGUUGAUCCUGCGUAUUAGUACCACGCACAGCAGCACCAGCUCUCUGCCUCCUAUUCGAAGAUCUAUCAUCAACUAUACUAGUAUAAACCACUUCACAACAGGUGCUCAACCUCUCUUGGUGCGUGCACAUCACGGAUAGCGGCGUGAAAGCUUUGUGCGACAAUGUUGAGAGUCUGGAAGAGUUGAUAUCCUGUGCAAAAGUUGUAUCGUGCUCGUACUAAUUGCGUUUAUGCAUUACAAAUCUUUUUGCUAAGGCAAAUCCGCAUUACAAAUUCAAUUUAUAAUGCUAAGUCAAUUUGUAAUGCAAUUUAUACCAGUACGAUACUUUUGCAGUGCAUAGUUGAGCGUUUUCGGCAAUUUGAACCUGACCGACCGCGCCGUGGACUAUUUGGGCAGCAAGUUUCGCGAUACGCUGACAACGCUAGACAUCAAUGGCUGCAUAUCCACAGUAAAUUUCCUGUACAUGUACAAAUGCGAAUUCUGCAUGACAAAGCUUUCUUAUAAUUCUGCUCAGCAUGACAAGCGGCAUGCUCCACGUUGGUGAAAUUUGUGAUGCAUUUUGUACAUGUACAGGAAAUUUGUAUUGCAUACUGCACUAACGUGAAACACCGGACGCCCGAGUACUUGCUGACUAAAUUGCCGCAUCUCCGGGUUUUCCAAGUACACUCGUGAUGGAUGCUGGAAAGGUCUUGUUGGAGUUAAAAUUGACGACUUCUACCUAGGAAUUACUAAUACUUAUUGGAGAUAACAAAAACGACCCCCCCCCUUCGGUCGUGCCGCAGGCCGUUGGCCGUUUUCGUGUCGUCCUCUCGGAAGUGCUAUCCUGAGUAAAAACGUACCCACACCAGAGUUGUAACGCAGAUUUGCAAAGACAGGAAGACUUGUAAUGCGCAUCCCCAUGAGAGCCCUUUCCAAUCGUGUUUUGGAAUUUGUGAUGCUGUGAGCAGGAUGAGCAGAUGAAUCUGUGAUGCGGCUGCACUUGCUAACCUGCACUACACUGCAGAGCGGAACUUGUCAUGCGUGACUCACAAAACUCCUAGGUUUGUGUUGCAAAAUCCCCAUCCUGACUCUGGUGUGGGUACGUUUUUCCUCGGGAUAAGUGCUGCUGCUUGCUUACAACAAGGAGUUGUAGUUCUUCGAGGGGACUACAGACCACACAAGUAAGUACUUACAUCGAAAAUAAACGAGUUAGUGUAACAAGAAAUGAAAGAACUUCAAUUUUUACGUAUGAAGAAGAAGAAGUAUUUUGGCACGAGGACCACCACGACCUUUCGAACCAUCAAACAGGCGACAGCGACAGUGCAAGUUGGAAAAGAAGUGGCACUCCGAUCUGAUACGAUUCAUCAAUACAGCACGCUUGCCGAUCUUCAUCUGUAAGCGAAAAGUAAUUCUCAAAGUUGCGCCGUUUAUUUUUCCACUUGCAGAGUUGUAGGUGCUGUGGACGUCGCGCCGCUCGCGUUCUUUCGGAAAAAAAGUAUGGCC